AUGAGUGCUUCAGAAGCAAGCACUUUGCAGCCCAAUACUCCAGUUCCGGCAGCUCAAAUAGCGAAUACCUCCAGAGUGCCUCUACUCGGCGAAGGGUUCCAAGAGACGAAGCGCACCCCGAAGUCCACAUCUACAGACAGUAGUGACAUUGAACCUGAUACGGGUGAAACCACGGUAAAAUCUGGGAAGCGAAGAUUAUUUGGCUUUGGCAAGAAGAAGGAAGAGAAAGGAAAGAAGAAGGCCGAAAGUGCUCCAAAUACGAACACUGAAAAUUCAAAGACUCCAAUUGCAGCUCCCGUGGCCCGGAGAGUUCCAUUUCAGAGCACAUCCCCUUCCCGAUCAAGCCAACAUUAUCCAGCGCCUGGUUCACCGCAGAGAAACCUGUAUUCUUCUUCCUCGCGAGUAGGCUCACCUGCUGGAUCGCAAAUAUUCGAACGCGAUGUACAAGAGAGCGCUCUGCCCGCCCCCAAUUCCCCCGCGAUCCCAUCGCACAUACAAACCGAAAACCAUAUACCUCCAGUAUUAGAUGCCUCCUCGGAGGCCAUUACAAACCACAAACUUGACCCAGACACUGUCGAAAUCGUUAUGCACUCGUCUCACCAGCCAGCAGCGGUCACUGUGACUGGAGUAGGCAGCAGCGAAGCGACCGGUGGAACCUGGGCAGAUGACUUGAUUGCACAUCCAGAUAAAGACGAUGCGGCGUCUAACUAUGGUGCUCUUGAUAGCACCGACGUCCGCCGCUUGAGUUUCAUCUCAUUUUCGGACAUUGUCCAGUCUGAGCAUGCGGAACACGCGGGUAGCAGAGAUUCAAUCUAUGUUGCAGGGCUGAGCUCUCUGUCGUCUGGGGCAGUCAACAGAUCCCCAUCGCCUAUUAGAUCCCCCGUCUCAUCGCAAGGGUUUGGCACCUCGCCUCCAACGAGCAAUUCAGCGUCCAUGAAAGGGGUUGAAAUGUCGCCGAGGUUGAAAGGCUUUGCUAGCCCAGUUUCUACACAUGCGCCUGUGCCUGCGAAUGGUGGCGAGCUGACGAUAGAAACGAUGAGGCAGGCUUUGCGAAGAACAGGGAGUGGUGAUCUCAGUGGUGUUCGAAGUCCCAUCAGCCCAGCGAGUCCUGAUGGGUUAUCCGAUACUUCUUUCCAGUAA